AGUCAAAACGAAGAGAAACAGCUGGACUUGACUAAUAGUCUAAUAUAAACCCACACCAUCUUCUCCACCAUCUCUCUAUUCACCUGCGCCACCAUGGACCCACCUCCCGCCGCACCCACCGCCACCGAGUCACUCAGCUCCCUCAACUCGUCCGAUUCCCACCCACCCACCAACUCGGUCCCCAAAUUGCGGCUCAUGUGCAGCUUCGGCGGCCACAUAGUCCCCCGGCCACACGACAAGUCGCUGUGCUAUGUGGGCGGCGAUACGCGCAUAGUGGUGGUUGAUCGGAGCGCUUCGUUGACCGAAUUGAUUGGCCGAUUGACGAAGACGUUGAGUGGGGGGAGUGGAGCGGGGUUUGUGUUGAAGUAUCAGUUGCCGAGUGAGGAUCUUGAUUCGUUGAUUUCGGUGACGACGGAUGAGGAUUUGGAGAAUAUGGUGGAGGAGUAUGAUCGGUUGAGUGGGAAUUCGGGGAGGGUUUCGAGGAUUAGGUUGUUUUUGUUUCCGGAGAGGCAGGAGAUGAGUUCGGGUUCGAUUGGGAGUUUGUUUGGGUCGAUCAAGUCGGAGGAUUGGUUUUUGAGUGCGUUGAAUGGGGGGAGUAGUGGAGGGGGGAUGUCGGGGUCGAAUUCGGUGAAUUCGUUGUUGGGGUUGAAUGAGGAGGUUGUGGUUGGGGGGAGAGGGGGGAUUGGAGGGGUGGUGGGGAGGAAUGUGGAUGUGCAUUCGGUGGUGGAGUCGUUGGAUAGGAAUUCGAGUUUUGGGUCGGAUGUGCAUUUGUCGGGGGUAGGGGGGAAUUUGGCGCAUUUUAGGGUGGAGGAGAAUGUCGGGGGAGAUGGGAGUGGGAAUGGGAUUGGGAAGGUGGAGGAUGGGGGUUUUGCGGGGAGUGAAGUGGGGAAAGUGGCGGUGGCUGGGAAUGUGAGUUUGGAGAAGGUUGUAGGGGAUAAUGGGGGAAAGGUUUUGUCUGAUGAUGAGAAGUCGGAGCAUGGGGGGACGGGGUAUAGGAGGCAGUUGCAGCAGCAGCAGCAACAGCAGCAAGCUCAGUUGAUGGCUUCGCAAGUGAAUCAGAAAUCGAGUGGUGGUGGUGGCGGGGGUCGGGAUUUGGCUUCUCCUGAUUCUGUUUCGAGCGAUGGUAGCAUGUCGAAUCCAUUGUCUCGCCAAAAGCCAAUGAUGUAUCAAGACCCAAAUAUUCAAUAUGCACCACCUGUUCAGGGUAGGGUUACUGCCAAUCCUGUUGAACAGAAGAUCACUGAUCCAAGAAUUCAAAUGCAACAACAAUAUCAAGACUCUGGGUAUUUGUUGCCGCCCCAAUUUGAUCCACAGCAUCAUCCACAGUUGCAUCAGCCGCAGUUCAUCCGUGCUGGAUCGCAGUAUAUCCAACAUCUUCCUGUGGGAGCAGUGCCAAUGCCAUCAUACUAUCCUGUGUAUUCUUCCCAGCAACCACAACAUUCUCACCAUCCUGCACUUGAGCAGCAAUACCCAGUGUACUAUGUGCCUGCUAGACAGACCCAAGCGUACAGCAUGCCUGUGCAACAUGCGGAAUAUAGUGAAGCGGCUGGUGGAGCACCAUCUAACCGUCCCCAAGCUGCCCCCUCUGCUGCUAUGGCUCCCCCUUCUUCGGGUCAGUAUAGCAUGGCUAGUAGUGCUACUGCCCCUAAAUCUGAAGUGCCGGCUAGUAUGUACAGAACAUCAAAUACUGCAGCUGCGUCAGUUGUUCAGGUUCCUUCUGGUCAACCUCGGCCCCAAUAUGUUGGCUUCUCACAAAUUCAUCAUCCCCAGUCAAGUAAUCCAAGUCCAGCUACUGCUACGACGUACGCUUAUGAAUUUGCUGAUCCAACACAAGCACAUGUGUACUAUGCUCAGCCCCUGGCACCACAAAUGGCUCCUCAAUACCAGACUAUGACCUCUCCUGCACCUCAAAUGGCUGCUCAAUACCAGACAAUUCCCUCUGCCGCGCCUGAAACUACUGCUCAGCUUCCAGCAGACAGCAUAAAGCAGCAAGUUAGAACUACACAGACCUAGCAGGUGAGUAGAACUUGAUGAUACUCUGUUCGGGGAAGCGUUUGAUUUUCUUAUGGAUUCUUUCUUUUAUACUUUAAAUUUCUAGCUAUUGGUUUUGGUUUGUGGUAUGUAAUUGUGAUAGGUAAUAAGAACUUUGAGAUUUUUUUUAUUUUUUUUACAUCAGUUACUUAUUUGUUUAUUGUCUAUAAAAUAUUUGACUGUUCGGAGACA